GUCGUGUUUGCUUUCCACUACUAUCUUUCUCUACAGUAUAUAAUACGCAGCCCAGGUUGCCUAAUUUCUUUCUGUCCCCCUGAUUUCUCCCUGAUACGCGCUAGAAUCUAGUAACGGAAUAAUACGGUAUCGCCAGUAUUUCGUACAGAAGCCGGCGUCGGAAACACGUUCUUCGACCAGGACCCAAAUCCGAUAAUUUCCUGAUCUGGCGUUUUGCUGGGAAUCUUAGGCGUGUCCAGCCGAGUACGUCCAGAGCAUAUAACUGUCCUGUCACUACCCAUGUCCAGCUCUCCCAUCCACCCAGCCAUGGAGGGCGGCCACCUCAUCGUCGUUUCCAACCGUCUUCCUAUCACCAUUACCAAGGAUGCUGCAGGCGAGUACCACUUCAAAAUGUCCUCUGGUGGUCUCGUUUCAGCCCUUUCUGGCUUCAAAAAGUCGCUCAACUUCACCUGGAUCGGCUGGCCAGGAUUCUUCAUUCCCAUCCGCGACCGUCCCCACGUCGACAAACGCCUCAUGGAAGAGUACUCCUGCCAGGCUGUGUAUCUCGACGAUGACGUUGCGGAUCGUCACUACAAUGGCUUUUCCAACUCCAUUCUAUGGCCUUUGUUCCAUUACCACCCCGGCGAGAUGAACUUUGAAGAAGAAAACUGGUCAGCGUAUCGUCAGGCGAAUCUUCAGUUUGCAGAGGCUGUCAGGAUGCAGCUCACUCUAGGAUCGAUGGUGUGGGUGCAAGACUAUCAUCUCAUGCUGCUGCCGAUGCUCCUACGCGGUCUGAUUGACGGCGCACCGACGGGGAGCAAUUACACCCAGAAAGAGCUGUCCAAGAUUGCAGAGGGCAUUGAAGGCGAAGAUGUUACGGUUACCAAGUCAGAGGCUGUUCCGGGAAUCAAGAUUGGUUUCUUUCUACAUACCCCGUUCCCAAGCAGUGAGAUAUACAGAAUUCUCCCAGUCCGGCGUGAAAUCCUUCUUGGGAUCCUUUACUGCGACCUCAUCGGCUUCCAUACCUACGACUACGCCCGACACUUUCUUUCUUCAUGCACACGUAUCCUUGGUCUUCCCACCAUGCCCAAUGGUGUUGAGUUCGAAGGCCGAUUGGCCCACGUCGGUACAUUUCCCAUCGGUAUCGAGCCCGCGUCGUUCAUUGAUAAUCUCAAAAAAGAAUCCGUCAAAUCUCGAAUUGGUCAGCUGGAACAACGGUUUGGCGGUGUCAAGGUCAUUGUGGGCGUCGAUCGGCUUGACUAUAUCAAGGGCGUACCGCAAAAAUUGCACGGCUUGGAGUUGUUUUUGGCACAGCAUCCAGAGUGGAUCGGCAAGGUGGUUCUCGUGCAGCUAGCGGUUCCGUCCAGGCAGGAUGUGGAGGAAUAUCAGAAUCUACGGUCGACGGUUAACGAACUCGUUGGUAGGAUCAAUGGCCGCUUUGGAACCGUCGAGUUCAUGCCGAUUCAUUUCAUGCACAAGAGUUUGCCAUUCGAUGAGCUAUGUGCGCUGUAUGCGGUCAGUGACGUGUGCCUAGUGUCAAGUACAAGGGACGGGAUGAACCUGGUGUCAUAUGAAUACAUUGCCUGUCAGCAGGCAAGACAAGGAGUCAUGAUCCUUUCGGAGUUUGCUGGUGCUGCGCAGAGUCUGAACGGGUCAAUCGUCAUCAACCCGUGGGACUCGCAACAAGUCGCUGACGCGAUCCAUGAGGCUGUUACGAUGGAUGCGGGCGUCCGAGCGGAAAACCAUCGCAAGCUGUUCAAGUACGUGAACAAAUAUAGUGCAUCGUUUUGGGGAAGUAGCUUCAUCAAGGAGAUGAGCAAGAUCAAGCUUGAGGAUGAUGCGGAGACGGUUCAGAAGAUUGAGGAUGGGAUCAUUAGGGAUGGGCUGGUUACGCCGAACGGCAACUGAGCGUCGAGUCUGAGUGUCUAGAGAAAGUUCUUAUACAAGAUGCAAAUACGUCAUUAUGGUAUUCUCUACUGAAAUUGAUUUGCAUGCAGAGACGAGUAUAGAAUGACAGGAUUCGUGUACCCGUAAGAGCGUCCCAGCCAUGAUCACAGAUACUUGAAACCUACCAGAGAUUGUCGCUGAUGUAGAAUAUACCGUGUACUUGUAGUGGCAACCCGAGCAUGAAGCGAUGGUGGUUAGGAUAUGAAACAGAUAGAU